CACAUGGUUCAAGUUAUGUCCAUAAAUCUGGCGCCGCCGCCGCUGUGAGGGGCUGUGCAGGCAGACAGGAGGCACGCAUGCACACCGCACCGCCGCGGCUCGUCGCUGCCACUGCAGCCGGAGUGCAGCGGAGCAGACUUGGAGGCGGAAUGGCCUGAGCUGAGCUCGACUCGAUCGCCUGAUGCGGCGAUUGCUCCUCUGACCGCCUGUCCACCUGUCCGUGCGCGUCCGCCCGUCUGGCUGGCCGCGCAUUGCUGCAGUGCUGUGUUUUUUUUUUUUUCUCUCUCCAGGUGUUGUGUGCGCGUGAGUGACAGAGAUUGUGUGCGUGCGCGUGUGGCACAGCCUGGUGUAGUUCUCUUACGGAUUGUACUGAGCCGGGGAACAGGAGUCUGAUGUCACAUGUGCUUCAUCGGAGGAGACGGGGCAUCUGCGAGCCGGAUUUUGUGGAGGAUGCUGCGGCAAGUGAUACACAGAGGGCUCAAGGCUUCCUUCUACUGGCUCGGCUUAUUCGUCAGCAGGCACCCCGUCUUCUUCCUCACCGUGCCCGCCGUGCUCACCAUCAUCUUCGGAUCCACCGUGUUGAGCCGAUUCAAGCCCGAGCGGGACCUGGAGGUGCUGGUCGCCCCGACACACAGCCUGGCCAAGAUCGAGCGCAGCCUCGCCAACAGCCUGUUCUCCAUCGACCAGUCCAAGCACAAGCUGUACUCGGAUCUGCACACGCCGGGCAGAUAUGGCAGGCUGAUCCUGCUGGCCAGGUCCGGGGGCAACAUCCUGGAGCUGGCCGACCAGGUCCUGCAGGUCCACAGGCAGGUGUUGGAGCUGCGCGUCACCUACAAGGGCUUCAACUACACCUUCGCGCACUUGUGCGUGCUGAGCCACCGGGACAAGCGCUGCCUCCUGGAUGACAUCGUCACCAUCUUCGAGGACAUCCAGCAAGCCGUGCUCUCCAACAGCACCUUCCACAAGGUGCCCCUCAGCUACCCCAACACCACUUUAAAGGAUGGACGCGUGUCCUUCAUUGGACACCAGCUUGGAGGUGUGUCCUUCUCGCCCAACAGCCGGGACCAGCAGGUUAAGUUUGCCCGGGCUGUCCAGAUCACAUACUACCUCCGUAACCAUGGCCCCGUGGUGCAGGAUAUCAUCGCCGAGCGCUGGGAGAACGAGUUCUGCGCCCUGGUUACCAGGCUGUCCACGGCCGAGGUACCGCACCCUACCGACCAGCUCCACAUCCAUUCCCUCACUUCCUUCAGCCUGUGGCGGGACUUCCAUCAGACCGGCAUGCUGUCCAAAGGAGAGGUGCUGGUCAGUCUGGUUCUGGUCCUCCUGGCUGCCACCAUCUCCAGCUCCAUGCGGGAUUGCCUAAGGGGGAAGCCUUUCCUCGGCCUUUUGGGCGUGCUGACCAUUUGCAUCGCCAACGUGACAGCUGCAGGGAUCUUCUUUAUAUCGGACGGGAAGUUCAAUUCCACACUGCUGGGGAUCCCGUUCUUUGCCAUGGGUCAUGGUACCAAGGGGGUGUUUGAACUUCUGGCAGGCUGGAGGAGAACUAGAGAAAACCUGCCAUUCAAGGAACGUGUGGCAGAUGCCUUUGCCGACGUGAUGGUGUGCUACACUAUGACCAGCUCACUCUACAUCAUCACCUUCGGCAUGGGAGCGAGCCCUUUCACCAACAUUGAGUCGGUGAAAAUCUUCUGCCAGAGCAUGUGUGUGGCCAUCCUGGUCAACUACUUCUACGUGUUCUCUUUUUACGGCUCCUGCUUGGUGUUUGCUGGACAGCUUGAGCAGAACCGCUACCACAGUGUUUUCUGUUGUAAGAUCCCCUCAGUGGAAUACUUGGACCGCCAGCCCACGUGGUUUAAAACCAUGAUGAGUGACGGCCAUGACCUGUCCACGCACCACGACAGUGUGCCGUACCAAAACCACUUCAUCCAGCACUUCCUGCGUGAG